AUGGAUUCAUACGAGGGGUAUUCGUCCCCCAGACCCAAACGGGAGGGAGAAUCAUUUUCAGGAAGAACUCCAGGAGAGGACCACCGACGUCGGUCACCGGCCUCCCAGGAUCGCCGUCGCGGCCGUGGCCGUUCCCGUUCUCCUAUGAUUGACCGCUACGAACGCUCAGACCGUCGUCCCCGAGAAGACUUCUACAACAACUCUCGCGACCAUGCUGCUCGGGAGCGCGAGGAUCGCCGACGUGCACCGUCACCGACCGUCGCCAACAUCGACCGCUAUGUCCCGGGCCAGGACAGCGACAAACGCCCAUUGCCAACAAACCCGCUUCCCAAUCCUCUCAGCCUUGAAUUCCAGGUCGGCUUCACUUGGUUCGGCGAAUGGUGGAAAGGCGAACAACACGUGCACGAAGAGAAGGAGCGUGCUAAGCAUGGUGGGCGCGCCCGAUCAGACCGUAUCAAGGGAGAGCGUGAAGCACGCGAGGACAAAGAGCGGCAGAGAGCGCAGAUCCAGGCUGCCUACGACACAUACAAGGUGGACCUUCAAAUCAAAUUAGCGCGGGCGUUCGUGCAGCAGCACCGACACGAGCCGUGGUUCAAAGAGCGCUACGUUGCUGAAGUACGAGACCCCCUACGCGCUCGUACAAUGAACUUCCGCCGAGGUGCAUAUGAACAAUGGGAGCGUGAUCUGAACGGAGGAUUGUUCGAUGAGUUCACCCUUGAGGGAAUUUACAAGAGCGAGAGUGACGGUGCCGGCGGUGUCGUCGAGAAAGAAGAAGGUGAGACCACCCCUGUUGGCGAAACUCUUGGAGUUCUAGACUUGCUCCCUGUGCGUGGAGGAGAGCUCCGCGAUGAUGCCUUGUCUCAACCUGCUCUGCUCAUCAAGACCUUGGCACCCAAUGUGAGCCGAGACAAGAUUGAAGAGUUCUGCAAGGAGCACCUUGGAGAAGGCGACGGGGGAUUCAAGUGGCUCAGUUUGAGCGAUCCAAAUCCCACCAAGAAGUUCCAUCGCAUCGGUUGGAUCAUGCUGCAUCCUUCAGCGGAGACGGACAAUGUCGUGGACCGAGGAGACGGUCGCGAAGAAGAAGCCGAGGACGCGGAUCACGACCGCAACGGCGGUGUGACUGUCAACACAGCCGAGAGAGCUCUGGAGGCUGUCAACGACAAGACCAUCAAGGAUGCUGUUCAUGGCGACUUUGUCUGCCAUGUGGGGGUCCACGUACCUCCGUCACAGCCACGCAAGAAGGCCCUCUGGGAUUUGUUCUCCUCUCCGGAGCGCAUUGAGCGAGAUCUUGAGCUGGCCAGCCGUCUGGUCUCCAAGCUGGACCACGAAAUGGGUGAAGAUGUGGAUGGCUUCUCCAAGAUCGAGGAGCGAAUUGAGGAUAUCCGCGGCAAAGGCUGGCUGCAGCCUCCUGUGACUGGCCCUGUCAAUGCCAAGAAGCCAAAGAAUGGAUACGAUGACGCAGAUCUCGACGAAGGCGAGAUGGAGGAGGGCGAGGAGAAAGAAGCACCAGAGGAAGAUGAGGUGGAUGACGAGGAAUUGCUAGCAAAGAAGAAGAAGCUCGACUUGAUGGUGGAGUACCUUCGCCGAGUUUACAACUUCUGCUUCUUCUGCGUCUUUGAGUGUGACUCAAUCCACGAGCUUGGCCGCAAGUGCCCGGGUGGCCACCUUCGCCGUCCUCGCUCUGGUCUUUCCAAGCAGGCCAAGGAGGUUGCCAGAGCCAGCGCUCUGGGUGAUGCUUUCCCGUGCAAGAAAAAGGAGCCCAGCGAGGAUGGAGAGGAACGGGGCUCUCCUGUUCAGGAGAAGCGGCCACAACGAUUCAACAAGUCUGAACAGCAGUUGCAACGUGCUUUCAAUUGGGUGAAGACCUUUGAGGACAAGUUGUUACAAAUCGUGGAGCCUGAGAAUGUCGACUUGCGCAAAUUGGGCGGCAAGCCUGUGGACGAGGCGCUGGAGGACGAACUGGCCAAGUACGUGAAGCAGGAGGAUGACUCGCGGUACCGCUGCAAGGUGCCAGAGUGCACGAAACUCUUCAAGGCAGAUACCUUUUGGCGCAAGCAUGUCGAGAAACGUCACGCGGAGUGGCUUGAAAGUAUCAAGCGUGAUCUCGAGCUUGUGAAUACUUAUGUCCUGGACCCUGCACGCAUUGCCCCGUCGCGGUCCGAUGCGAACAGCAAUGGUCACUUCCCCCUUGCAUCUGGCCAAGGCCAAGGUGGCACCCCACGUGGAUUCAGCCUCUCCAACAUGCCCCCAUACGCUAAUGCCAUCCCCGGCGGGAUCCCCGGCCCUGGGAUGCAUGGCUUCCCGGGCGCAUCAGGUCCCUGGGGUGGUAACGCCAUGGGUAGCGACGGUCAUCGUCUGCACCAGCCGGGAGCCAUGCGCCGCGGCGGAAACCGGCACAACAAUCGAUCCGGCCCAUACGACCGCAGCCGCUUCAACGGCGGCGGCCGACUCAGCCCUGUUCGCAUGGGCAACAUGUACAGCGCCGGCGGUCGCCUCCCUCCGCCCGGCAUGGCAAUCCCAGCUGGACAUCCUGCCGCCAGCAUGGGUGCAUCCAACCCCUUCCCCGACGCGAUGGGAGCCGGCGGUGGCCCCCAGGCCAUGCCCCCACGCGAAGCCGUGCAAGGCCGCAGCCUGAAAAGUUACGAAGACCUCGACGCCGUCGGUGGUUCUGGCGGUGGUGAACUGAAUUACUAG